GGUCGGAUUUGAGGGGGAGGUGCUCAGGUGAAGAGAGCGAGGGCGGGAUGGGAUUAAAGGAAUUAGAUGACCGGGAGCACCGAUCAAUGAGUACGUAUGAAGGGGCGUGAGAAGAUUAUUGCUGCAACAGAAGUAGAGAGAAGAGGAGCUCAGAGGGUUGAGCCAGAAGGAAGCGGCCAAAGAAAGGCAGCCAGCAGUGAACGACGCCGGGGGGAAAAGCGUGAAGCGUGUAGUGAAAAGCUUUUUGCUCGUGGGGCACGCGAGGGGCGCGUGAGCAGACAAGAACCGGGAAGCCCGAGAAAACGAGACGCGUCGUCGCAGACUGAAGGGGAUCGUUGGCAGGAUAUUACAGAGGGUUGUCUACCGCAAGGAGGUGAAAGCAGAGAAGAGGGAGAGGUGGGUUUGCGAGGGACGAAGAAUCGGAAGUGCGGACGUGGGGGGGGGGGACGACGGAAAGCACGGUCGCUCUGCAAUCAACAAAGAGCGGUGGUGUGGAUGGUUGAAAGGCAAAGACGAAGGGGGGCGGUAGGUAAGAGAGAUGGUGGAAAAGAGUUUGGGUCGGAUUGGGAGUUUUGGUUUGGCUUUGGCCCGGAAAAGAGGCGAGGCGAGAGGCGAGAGAGGCGAGCGAGCGAGCGCGAGGUGGGGACCGAUGGACCGACCGAUGGGGAAUCCUGACGACAGGCUCUUGGGACCGGAGGCCACGGCAAGGAUUGGAUCUGUGGACGAUGGGAGUUCCAGACCAGAGA